UAGAAAUGUGCUAAAUAAUUUCAGUCUCAAAUAAUGAUGAUGAUGUUGAAAUUCUUGAUUAUCAACAUAAUUUAAAAUAUUGCUCAAUUUAAAUAAAGAAUUAAGCCGGAUACAUUUUGUGGGAUUAAUAAGUUUAAUACUUUUAGAAUUGCCCAUUUUAAGAAAAGUUUGAAUUUGGGUUAAAACCACAAAAAAUAAAUGUAUUAUAAAAAGGAAGAUCAUAAUAAUCUGAACUGAUAAUUAAUGACAAUAAAGUAAUUUUAAAAAACAAAGAUAAAGAUUUGAUUUUUUAUUAAUUAUUUGAAAGGUAACAAGUAAGAAUGGAGAAUGUUUAAAGAAUAAAUUAAUAUAUUGUUCAUUAUGAUAAUAAUAAUAAAAAUAUACAAUUUUCAGAUGGUAUGAAUAAAAUUCAAUCAAUUUAACUAACUGAAAGUAGAUAAAUUUUAAUGAUAAAUGGAGUUAAUUUAGGAACUGCUUUUCAAUAAUCUGAUGGUAGUAUAUGUUAUUAAGGAAAUAAUUAAUGUGUUUAUUGUAUAAUAAAGUAAAAUGAAGAACUCGAACUUAAGAAUUUUUAAAAUUUUUAAAUCGGAAUUAAUCAACUCUGUAUAGAAUACUAAUUUUAUUGA